CACUGAUGUGUAUUGUAGCAUUGUGCCAAAGUUUGUUAGGAUGGGGUUCUUGCAAGGUGUGUUAGUGCUGGUUGUGAUUGUGGCUUUUGAUCUGAAGAGUGCAUUGGGAAGUUUGAAACACCAUCAAAGUCCAAGCAGCAGAAAGCCGCAAUCAGCUUCAGCUUCCAGAGUUCCUGAUCUUUCUUCUCAAGGGUUCUUGAAUCCUUCCCAAAAGGCUUCUCAGCUUCCGAGUCUUGACUACAGAAAAUUUGCGCAAGACCCUCUUGGUCUUCAGGAGAAGCAGCUGUUGCAGGCUCCAGUCAAGCCUUUGUCCUGGAAGUUUCCCAUCGUUCCAGAGGUGCAACGUGAGUUGGCGGUGAACUUCCAGUUGAGGAAACCUGUGACUCCCAGUAGUGUGGCUGUUCAAUGCAGUGAGAGCCGGGUUCAUGUGGAGGUGAAGAAGGAUAUGUUCAGCAAUGGUCAACUGAUCCAGCCAUCUGGUUUGUCUAUGGGAGGCUGUCCUGUUGUUGGUGAGGACUCUGCCUCUGGGGUGCUCAUCCUCGAAUAUGCACUACAGGACUGCAAUAGUGUACUGAUGAUGACUGCGAAUGAGCUAGUCUACACCUUUGCUGUUACCUACACCCCUUUGGCAUUUGCUGGCACGCCGAUCACCCGUACUGAGGGUGCAGUUGUUGGCAUUCAAUGCCACUAUCAAAGGCUUCAUAAUGUGAGCAGUAAUUCUUUGAGGCCAACUUGGGUUCCUUAUGCUUCAACGGAGGUUGCUGAAGAUGUCUUGGUGUUCUCCAUGAACCUCAUGCUGGAUGACUGGGCCAAUCAGAGGCCUUCAAAUGUGUACUACUUGGGUGACAUUAUUAAUAUUGAGGCAUCUGUGAAGGUGUACAACCACGUCCCCCUGCGUGUGUUUGUGGACCGCUGUGUGGCCACCCAAGUACCUGAUGUGACUUCUGUUCCGAGAUAUUCCCUCAUUGAGAAUCAUGGGUUGAGUCAAGUGACCAUCGGUUUAGCUCUUCUUGGUGCCUUGCAGAUCUACAUAACGUGUACCGUGAAGGCCACUCUUGCUUCUGCACCCAGUGACGCUCUCCACAAAUCCUGUUCCUUUUCCAACGGGUGGCUUGCUGCUGAUGGGAACCACCAGGUUUGCGCUUGCUGUGACUCAACAUGUGGUCCUGAAGGGGGACGUGAUGCUCCUAUUGGGGGUGUUCAGUGGGAAGGCAAGGCCUCCCUCGGUCCUGUAAUGGUUCAAGGGCGACAGAAGUCUUUAGGUGGACUUUAACAAAUGGGGACAACCCUAUUGCUUCCAAUAAACUGAAAACCGUG